GCACAUAUACAACAACUGAACAGUCAACUCGAGCGGAACAUGACCCUCUGCAAUCCAGCAUGUGAACACAUGGUCCAUGCUUUCCGAGGCAUAGCUUCUCGAGAGCACCGCACUGCAUAUGUAUUAUAUGGCUCAAGUAUCAAGCCAAUGAGAUAUCGCCACCAAAAAAAAAAAAAAAAAAAGGACCAACCUCGCCAUGAUCGUCAUUCCUCCUUAUUCUCCAUCCACUCAUGCAAACAUCUUCUGAAUGCGGUUCAAGAUCUUCUCCCUUUCCCAAGUAGCCUUUUUGGCCUAUUCUACCUUCCUCUCCACCUCGGUCUUCGCUCCUGCUGCAGCUUCCGGCCUGUUGGUUGGAUUCGUAUACAAUGAUCUCUUAGCUCACCCACAAUAUCACGUCCAGUACCUGGAUGAAUUCGUACCCAUAUCGGCCAUCGGUGUGGAAAGGCUCAAGAAAGGCAACACACAUCGACAUCAGCCCGCGUUACAGGCGACUCCGCAGAUUGAAAUGAUGAAUAAGGAUACACGGGAAAAUCAACGACAUAUGCAGCUGAGCGGUAAUAUCGACUCCCAGGACCAAGAUGGGUAUUCUACUACACCGAAGGGAAGCAAAGCGUUAGAUAUGUCAUCAAGUAUUGUCAUGACCGAUGCCAAUGGCAAACGAUGGGCGUGCAGCAUCCCAGCAGUCCAGAUCCAGGAGGAAGACCCUGUUGCCGAAAAGACAGCUCAGGAGACUGAGGAGGAAGAACGGCGAAGCGUCAAACGAGGACUGGAAUUGCUGGAACACUUGACUGGACGUUGUCUAAAAACGAACACCGGCUACUGGACUUACGAGUACUGUCACAAGAAACGAAUUCGACAGUUCCAUGCACUCGAUAAUAUCAAAUGGGAGCCAGCGAGCGAGGACACUACUAAUGUUUUGGGGGUUUAUGAACCCACUUCGGCCGAGUUACAAAGUAGUCAGAAUCUCGAUGGAUCGAUCCAACAGCGUCCCUCUUCCUCAGGCCCAGGACGAAGUGCAACUACGACGGAGCUAGGCGUGAGCAACGAACGUAAAUAUCUAGUUCAGCACUGGGAUUAUGGCGAUGUCUGUGAUCUCACGGGAGCUUUACGAAAGGUGGAGGUCCAGUUUCAGUGCGCCAAUGUGGAUGACAGUAUUCAGCUCGUCACGGAGCCCUCGACUUGCAGUUACAUUAUGGUCAUCUACUCCUCCUCUCUGUGCAAGGACGUCGCCUUCGAGCUCAUUCCAGCACCGGAAGCUAACAAGAUUGAAUGCAGACGCAUCGUGUCCGACGAAGAAUACCAACAGCACAGAGCUGCAGGCCCUGGAGCCAUUGAAGGCGGGCUGGGAUCGAUUACCUCCCAGGAUUCGACCGGUCAGAUCAAAUUCGGUCAACAAGCACCACAGGAGGAGAGUAAGCCAUCACUCGACAAUCUUUUCGCCGCUGGAUCAGGAAUGCCAGCGGAUCUCAGAGAUGUAGCAGCGCUGAUCGAGGAGCUAGAAAAGACGACAAAGCAGAAGCAACUGGACGAGAUUCUUGCGGAGUUUGAUACGUUCUACAGAAAGUUGAAGCCGCACAUGUCUGAAGGUCAGAAGGAUGUGCUUCAAAAAAUAGAGGACUUUGUGGACGGCAAGGUUAACCAACAGGAGCUGCUUGCAUACGAUCAGAAUGGACAACCCAUAGAGUUGGAUGCGUUUUUAGAGACUUUCUUUGGUACAACUGACAGUUCUGGCGAAUCAAAUGGGAAGAAAGCUGCUGAGGGAGAGUCGGGGACCAAGGCUCAGGACAGCAAAGCUCAUGAUAAGGAGCAACGGAACCAGAACAUUUUCAAUGCGAUCUUGGAUGCAUUGACUGAGAACGAAAACAAGGCUGCGCAGGAUGUUACAAAAAAGGAAAGAAGGGGCAAGGACGCCCAGACAAAGGCGGAGAGCAAUGACGUCCUAGCCAACGUUGAUCUAAAGUCCCUUCUGGACAUGCUUGAAGCCGCCAAGAAGGCCGGAGCAAAUUCUGGCGGUGCUGAUGGAAAGGCGACAACUUAUCAAAGCCGCGAGAAGGAGAAGAGGGAAAAGGACGACGAUGAAAAGUGAGUGCCCUGGGUAUUCAGAGCAUUCCUCCUUUGACUAAGAUGCUUGAAAUAAAUUAGCAACAGUACCGAU